GACUCACUUGAUAUUUGUUUGUGCUUUUUUGGUACAUUUUUCCUCCUGUCACUUCGUCGUACCUGUAUUUUUUUUUUUUUUUUUUAGCUUCAAUGCUGUAUCUAAAAGCUAAGCACCAUUUGCUAUAGUACUCAUUGGAAAAAUUUCAAACAGUGUAAUGUCUUUUAACGAUUUAACGUGUAUACAUAUUGUACAUUAUUUAUUUUCAUGUUCUCAUAGUCACUACUUUAACCUCUCCCUAUUAAUUCAACCUUAAAAACUUUGGGUAACAUCACUGUUCAGAAAAGUAUAUCAGCAUCUAAUAACAAACCAAUCAAUCCAACAUUUUGUUAAUGUGACGUUUGAUUAUCGUGUAAUGAUAUUAAAUUCGAAAUAUAAUUGAGGCUUAUUUUGUAAUCAUGUUUUCUGGCAACUUUUGACGGAAAAUAGGCAAUAUUUAAUAUACUGUACAUUGCUUCAUAGGCCUAUGUUGUUGUUAAUUGUCUUCUUUUCUGCUUUUUCAUGUGGUCACACUUUUUUGGACGUUGACACGAACAUGUUUGGCUACCAUGACGACAGAGGCAAGUGCCGUAAGCGAGGCAGACACUGAAGGCAAGCAGAAGGCUAGCGCCGCUGAACCCGAACCUGGGAACAAGCAGAGUCCAGAGGCAAGCGCAUCUGACCCCGAGGGGGACCACUCGAGCAAGAAGGCUGCCGAGCCCGGCUCUGCCGAUGCAGCCUCCUCCCCUGAAGAGGAGCAACUAAAACCUCGCACGCGAACCUCCGCUGGCAAAGGCCUUUCUCGCCUCUUUUCCUCUUUUCUCAAACGCCGUUCGCAGUGCUCGGAAGGAGAGGGCUUUGAGGCGGAGAAAGCAAAGGAGGAGAAGGAGGAUAAAGAAGAGCAGGCGGGAACAGGAGAAGAAGCGAAAGACGAAAAAGUCAAAACCGAAGAGAAGGAUGCUCUCGUAGAGGAGACAGACUCGAAAGAGCCAAAAAAGAGCGAAGAGAAACAGCAACAAGAAGAAAAGAAGACUGAGCCAGUGAAAAUAGAGAAGAAGGGUAGUAAGAAGAAAAAGAAAGACGCCAAGAAGAAAGCGGAAGAAGGGGAUACAGAGAAGGUGAAAACCACAGAGGAGAAAAAGGAAGAGGAUCCAGAAAAGAAGGACGACGAGCAAAAAGAGAAGAAAGAGGAGGAGAAUAAAGGGGUGCAAGAAGAAGACGAAAAGGUAGAGGAAGCUGUAGAAACAGAAGAAAAAUUGGAGACGCAAGAAGUGAAAAAGAAAACUACAGAAGAAAAAGCCACCGAAACAGAUCCGGAAAAGGAGACUAAAGAAGAGGAGAAAGUCGAUAAAAGGGUGGCAAAGAAAAAAGAAAAGGAGGAAAGGGCGAAGAAAAGGGAAGAAGAAAAAGCCAAGAAAAAAGCAGAGGAAGAAGAAAGGGCCAAGAAAAAGGAGGAGGAGAAAGAGAAAAAGAGAGAGGAAGAGAAGGCCAAAGAGGCGGAAAAAGCAAAGAAGAAAGAGGAGGAAAAGGCUAAAAAGAAAGAGGAGGAGAAAUUGAAAAAGAAGGAGGAGGAAAAGUUGAAGGAGGCCAAAAAGAAGGAGGAAGAAAAAUCAAAGGAGGCCAAGAAGAAAGAGGAGGAGAAAUCAAAAGAGGCCAAAAAGAAGGAAGAGGAGAAAUCAAAAGAGGCCAAAAAGAAAGAAGAGAAGGGGGACAAGAAGGCAGACAACAAACAGGUAGAAGACAAAGAGAAGAAAAAAGAAAACCUGAAAAAAGGAAAGAAGGACGAGGAAAAAGGGUCAAGUGAGGAGCGGGUCAAAGCACCAAUUGCGGCCCCGGAACCAGAAUUGAAAACAGAGCCAGAAACUGAAAAAGCUCCUGAUCAGCACUCACUCAACAACGCAGAAAUGCAGCCAGCUCCAGAGGAACCCAAGGAAAAAGUUGCAAUCAAGGAGGCUGAAGAUGAUGAAGUCGUAGAAGAGGAGGAGGAGGAGGGUCCAGAGAAGAAAGAGGCAGAGGGGAAGGAUGCCAAGGGAGACGACGAGAACCCGAAGGAGGAGGCCAAGGAGGGAAAACCUGCAAAAGAAAAGAAGACUGACAAGAAGGGCGAAGACACCAAAGGCUCCAAACGACAGAAAACAAUUCAGUGCAAAGUCACUUUGCUGGACGACACUCAGUAUGAGUGUGAGCUCGACAAACACGCUAAGGGGCAGGAGCUCAUCACAAAAGUGUGUGACAAUCUCAACCUGUUGGAGAAGGAUUACUUCGGCCUCGCUCACUGGGAAACACCAACCAGCAAGACAUGGCUGGAACCCGCCAAGGAAGUCCGGAAACAGGUGGCGGGUGCUGUCUACGAGUUUACUUUUAACAUAAAGUUCUACCCUCCUGACCCGGCACAGCUUAGCGAAGACCUUACAAGGUACUAUUUGUGUCUCCAGCUGAGGAAGGACAUCAUGAGUGGGGUUCUUCCCUGUUCCUUCGUCACCCUUUCCCUGCUGGGCUCUUACACAGCCCAGUCGGAGCUCGGUGAAUAUGACCCGGAAGUCCACGGAGCUGACUAUGUUAAGGAUCUUAGUCUUGCUCCUGGACAGAGCAAAGAGCUGGAGGAAAAGGUGAUGGAGUUGCAUCGUACAUAUAGGUCAAUGAGUCCAGCCCAAGCAGACAUGCUGUUCCUGGAAAAUGCCAAGAAGCUUGCCAUGUAUGGCGUGGACCUUCAUCAAGCCAAGGAUAUCGAUGGUGUUGACAUUACACUCGGCGUUUGCUCUGGUGGUCUGAUGGUUUACAAGGAGAAGCUGAGAAUCAACCGGUUCCCUUGGCCAAAAGUUCUCAAGAUUUCUUACAAACGCAGCAGCUUCUUCAUUAAGAUUCGGCCAUCCGAGCAAGAGCAGUAUGAAAGCACAAUCGGCUUCAAGCUACCAAACUACAAAGCCUCGAAGAAGUUGUGGAAAGUUUGCGUUGAACAUCACACCUUCUUCAGGGUCUCAGCAAUUGAACCUCCCUCGUCACGUCGCUUCCUCGUCCUGGGCUCCAAGUUCCGGUACAGCGGCCGCACCCAAGCCCAGACCCGGGAAGCCAGUUCCAUGAUCGACCGGCCCGCGCCUCGCUUCACACGCUCCGCAAGCAAACGCCUCUCCCGUAAUUUCGAUGGAGCUGUAGACCAGACUCUCCAGAUCCUUACAGCAUCAACCAGGUCUGAGGUUGAUGACUGGUCGUCGAUACUUACUUCUGAAAACCCCCACCCUUCCCUCGAAUUUCCAGCCACAGGUGAGUCUGAACAGGCAUUUAUUCAGUCCUGGGAUACUCAGGCAGGCACUCAGCCGUGGUGGGAGCUUUCAUCCGAUGCACAGACGAGAAAAGAAGAUGAAUGGUCUACCCUGGUCGAACGAGAUCCUCCUUUUCCAUUUUCCACAUCUUUUGAUUUUGCUAACCAACCAGCUAAGCUCAGCUUGGCAAACGUGAGCUCCAUUGACAGGCUAUUGCGACCAGCGCAUGAACAGCCCGAUGACUGGUUCCUCUACUUUGAUCAAAUUCCCAGCCCGCCAUUGUAUAAGCAGGUCGAUAAACCUAAGCGUGAGUCGCUGCGUGAUGCCCUGCUCCAAGUGAAGGAUGAGGAGACAGUGUGUGUCAAAGAGCAACAACUGACAGAUGAGGAGGUCGUUGAAAGGCUAGAGGAGAUGGCGGUGAUGGUGGACAAGCUAGAAGAGAUGCAAGAUAUUGAGAGGAGGCUGAGGAAAAUUAGGAAUUUAGAAGAGAGGCUCCAAGAAGUAGAAGACAUGUCAGAGAGGAUCCAGGGGGUGAUUGAAGAGGAAUUAGGGGAACAAGAAGUUGCCAUACUAAGAGAGGAAGAACUACAGAAAGAAAGUAAAGCCAUCACACGGACUGUGUUGAAAAAUUCUGUCAUGAUUGUAAACCGCAUGAACGGGGUAAAUGAGAAGGAUGAAUUAGAGGAGCAAAUAAAAGAGGUGUUCUUAAAGGGCCUUUUACCUGAGGAAGACGAUGCUGAGAAAGGAAAAGAAGAGAAUUUGUUUGAUUACAGUCUGAUAGAGAAAAUAUGUCAGAUAGAAGAUGAAUGGAAAGAUGAAGUGGAGGAAAAGUUGAAUUUUCCAGCUACUAUUACCGCUUCUCUGGUAUCUUCUAAGACGGUUGUAAGGACUAAGAAAAGAGUUGCUUUUGUGGAUCAGAGGCCACAAAGGCUUGAUGCAAUGGAGGAGUCGCUUGUCAGAAUAAUCUCGGAAAAGAGCUCGCAAAACAGCGAGAUUGGACCGAAAACAGAAAUGUUGGGGAAAAGAGCUGAGAGGAAAGUUGCUGAGCUUGAAGAUGGAUUUUCACUAGACAAAGCUAGGGACAUGUGGUCCACGCUUUUCGACCGUCCGGCGUACGUGGCAAUUAUCAAACCAUCAGUUACACCAGUGAAAUGUGUUGAGUUGGAUGAGAGGGAGGUUUUGAUCUCAGAAUCAGUGGUUAAAGCAGUUAAGGAUAAAAGAGAGCGACAAUUAGAAGAGAUUCUUCCAUCGCAGACAAUUCUAGAAAGAGAAGAUGGCUGGUUUCUGUUACUGGAUUCUGUUCCCAAAUAUGUAGAAACAGUUCCCCUCAAAGAACCAGGCCAGAAGGGGGCCGAAAGUUGCCCCUCUGUGGCUGCGAACCCUGAGGAGAUUAGGCAGGUGCAAAUUGAUGAGACAGAACUAAGGGAAGGAGCGCCAACAUAUCUUCCACACGUCCAACAACAACAGCUGCUGAAAGAGCACAUGGACGACUGGUUUGUGUUGCUGGAUGUUGUUUCCAAAGAAACAUCUUAUAGAGCGCCAGCGGCUCUUGAUGUGUCUGCCCAAGAAGAUUUCUCUCUGAGUGAUGUGACAGUUGUCAGAGAGAGUGAUGUGCAGGUUGAAACGACAGACAAAUCCAUGGACGUCGUAGUCGAGGAACCAGAAAUAAAAGGGGAUCCGAGGCCAAAUGAAGUUGCUAUGCUAUCAGAUAAUGUCAGAGAAAUAGAAGACAAUUGGUUUUCCCUGUUGGAUGUUCAGACGAGAGAACCACAGGUUGUACCGACAGCGACCUUGGCUGGGUACGUUCAGGCUUACGCUGGAAAAAACAUUUCUGCUUUGGUUGAAGAUAAACUGGAUAUUGAAGUAGAAGAGAUGCAAAAACAAGAGGCUCCAAAGACAAUUUAUCCGGAGUUAAAAAUACUCCCCCCUUUCGUAAAGACAGACGAUGACUGGUUUCAACUGCUGGACAAAGUUCCCAGAGAAUCUGCCUUUGUACCACCAGUUACCCUGCCAGUGGUGCCCAAAGUGUAUCCUGAUGUUGGACCUGUUAUUGAAGAGAGAGGCAAAGAACUGAAACCGCGACCAGAUGGUUCGGACCAAAUGAGAGAGCAGCCAUCUCAACCACAGCGAGAGAAAGAUGACUCGUUUGUGUCAUUUGACGCAGUUCACAAUAAGGCUGUAAAACAACUACCAGGCGCCCCUGUUGAAAUUACUCCAGCAUUGAGGAAACGCUUAGAGGGUGACACGUUAAAUGCUGAGACUAGAACGUGGGCGAUGAUGGUAACGGGUGAGAACACCAAACGCGGUGAGACACAUCUUUUGGAAAUGAGACCCGUUAUGCCAAUGUCAGGGAGUGGACAAGAUGAUUGGUUUGACUUGUUCCAAAAACAAAUCAUCCCAGUAAAGACAGCCCCUGUACCAUCAGUUACUGUUGUUGAGCGCAUUGUGGAUGUGGCCGCCGUUAAAGCAACAAAACAAAAACCCAGUAGAGAAGAAGUCAGUCUGCCAGUCAAGUUAGUGGCUGAAGCCGUGCAAAGGUAUCCUCAGAUAGCUCCAUCGGAAGCUUUUGCUGUCGUAGAGAAUAGAUCACUGCAGAGAGGUACUGUAGUGGAGCAGAUGUGGAGACAAGAGAUGUUGCAGCAGAAACCACAUCCUAAAGAGAGAAAGAUUGAGGAUGACUGGUUUACUCUUUUCGAUGUGGCUCUGAAGAAAACAGCCGCCGUGCCUGAGCGCCACAGAUUCCCGGCGGAAGUCCCAAGAGUUAAAAGUGCCGAGACCGAAACGAGAAUUUCUACUUUUGAGACCAGACCCCGGUUUGAGAAACAGAUCCAGGACGAAAGACGGGCCCUCAAACACACUCACGUUAGUGAUGAUUGGUUUGUUCUACUUGACGUUGGCCCCAAAAAGUCAGUGGCGAUCACACAGAGAAGCGCCCGCCCCGUCAGCGCUCCAGUCUUCUCCCAAGCCGCUCUGGCCGAGGCUGGAAUUCCAAUGGCCCCCUUGGACCAGCCUCAGACCUCCACUCCAAUCAGGACAGGCAUCAAAGAGGAAAGGAAGCUCGAGGUCACUUUAGAAGGUGUUGAGCCAUCCAAAACGGAGGACAAGUCAGCAGUAUGGACUGACCUGAGAACUGAAUCCUCACUGACACUUUCCAUCAAUGGGGACAUUCAGUCUGAGGUGUCGAGCAGAGAGGUGGUGCAGUUGCGGAAGAAAAGAUCUAAGAAAAUUGAGGGUGACUCAAUAUAUAUGAGACAUAGCCUUUUAAUGUUGGAGGAGUUUGAUAAGCCUCAGGAGGACCUGCUCAGGCAUCACGCCAGCAUCAGCGAGCUGAAGAGGAAUUUCAUGGAGGCCGUACCUGAGCCCAGGCCCAGUGAGUGGGACAAGCGUCUGUCCACGCACUCCCCUUUACGCAGCCUGGGCGUCAACGGCCAGCCCAGUGCCGAUGGGAGUGCCCACAUUAGUCCGCUGUGCAGCGUUUCAGAGACCUGGGCCGCACUCGAGGAAAGCGCAGUGAGUUUGGGCUUUUCCAACGAGAGCCGUCCCGCUGCGAGCUUCGUUCAUAGUGCCGGGCCUCCCGGGGUUCCUUUUGACGAGUCGUGUGAUCAGGAAACCCUUGUGGUGAUCGAAUCCUCCCUGGUGCCAAUGGUAGAGGUGGAGAUGGUGCAUCUGGUCCCCUCUCUCCAACCCAGCAGUACAUAUUUAGAUGAAACCCAGAAAGAAGAAGGUCCAUGUCCCAUAUUUUCGGAGCGCUCUGGGAAUAAAGUUGGAUCUUCCCCUGCUUCCUAUUUCAGGGCCGGUGGUCCACAGGUCAUACGCAGCUACCAGCCCCCUCUGGUGCAGACCCAGACAGUCACCAUCACAGCCGUCCCCAACUCCUUACCCAGUGGCAUCUCCACCACAGAGGUCCCCAUCGUCCCAACCAAGACCGUCACCUACGAGUCUGCAAAGGCUGCAGUUGAUGGGACAGAAGAGGAAAAAGAAAGCACAGUUUCCAUCACUCAGACCUCCGAAAGCACCAGCGCCACCACCGUCACUACCACCACCACGCACAUCUCCAAGAUUGUGAAAAGUGGCUCCUCAGAGACCCGUGUGGAGAAAAGAAUCGUCAUAACUGCCGACAGCGACGUUGAUCAGGACAAGGAGAAAGACGGAGGCGCAUCGGCAUUGUAACUGAUGCACCGCAGGCAGCCAUCUCCCGUUUCCCUCGGUCAGAGUCCAGACCUCAACACCCGCUGACCGAUUGAGCCACUCUUAACGCACGCACGCACACACACACGCGCACACACAUAUCUCAUGAAUGUGCACCCAGUAGCAAGAGUCUGAGUAGGUCGUGUUUUGUUUUCUUUCUCUUUACGCUUUGAGCCGUUCGUAGAAAGUUUAGAGGAGGGCUUGCACCACCGCGAUGAUCAAACCUCACCUCCCAAGAGUUCGAAAAGCUCCCGGGAACUUUCCACUUCCGCCGUUUUAAAAGAUACUUCUCUUUCUUUCCAGUUGUAGCAGAUGACGUUUGCUUUUAAACACGUUUACUUCCCUUUUUAAUUGUUAUUACUGGUAUCACAAAUGCACUGUUUUGGAGUUAGUUUGGACUGUCAGUGUUCCUUCCCUUCGCGCUACUCGCAACGUAAAGACUACUUUUUUUUUUUUGGUUUGUUUUGUUCUGGUCGUUGAUUUUCUUCACGCAAUCUUCAAAAGAUUGCAUGAAAAUUGUGUACCUCGCAAAAUGCUUUCAACACAAAUCUAAUCCUCUGCCCUAAUUCGGACAGCUGUUAGGUUUCACUCAGGAAAAUAUAACCAAAAUGAGCUUCUUUUAUGACCAGCUGACAACCUGUAGCCUGCAUAUUCUUGUAAAGUUUGAAUUCAAACGAUCUAUUUUGACAUAUUUCUCUAUUUUAUAGGUUUAAUGCUUUUAUAGUGUUUGUACAAAUCCAAAAUGUUUUAAGUUACUCACAUCCCUCAGUGAUUUGAUUUGACUAAAUUCUGCGGCCUAUGUCGAAGACUUCCUUCCCUGAUCGGGUCUCGCUCGAUUCCUCAGCCCCGCCGUCCGUCAACACGGCGCUUCCCUCGGCCGCGAUCUUUCCAACAUGUUACGUCGAUCCGCGUUUCAAGCUUUGGUCUGUUUCUCUCAGGUUUCCAUGUACUUCGCAAGACCACAGACCUCAAACAGAAUGUACGAGGAACGUCCGUAUAUUUGU